GUUACAAUUCAGAGGCUCUUAUUCUUACAUUCGAGUUGGUCUUGACACUUGUACUUAACAAUACCAAAAAAGGCUUGCCGAAAUCCAUCACCUACCUAACCUGGAACACUCGUAAAGUUCAUGUAAUACACCGUAAGCGGUACAUUCCAUCCCGAUAGGCGAGGCCAACCCUUGUUCCUGAUAGCCUCCUGACGACGACGACACAUUCUCACUCCACACGCAAACAAAUAAAACAAUGCUCACUCGAUUAGGCCAUUACUAUCGUCAUUAUUGGCCAAAGGCACCAUCAUCAUUAUUAUCAUCUCCAUGGAAGUGGAAAACUUCCCCAGGAGGCAUCAGCAUUCUUCCUUCUCGUCGGCGAUCCAUGGCAACCAUCAACUCUUCCUCCUCCUCGAUACCCCACGAACAAAGAACCCAAGCGGAGCCGCGCGAGCCACAAAUCGAGCCAGUGGUAUUAUCACACAUUAGACAAAUCAACGACGAGAUUCGACUCUUGCGCUUGAGUGCUGUAGAUCCGACACAUACCAUUCGGUUCCUCCCAGGCCAAUGGGUAGAUACAUUCCUCCCCACGGUCCGCCAAGCAGGUGGAUUCACCAUCACUUCCACCCCAAACGAAGCCCGACCUACCUCUACUCGCAGCAGCAGCAGCAGCAGCAGCAGCCACUCGCCACCCUACCUCGAGCUAGCUGUGCAGAAGAGCAAGAACCCCCCCGCCCAAUGGCUGUGGCGACCCAUGGAAGACAUUUUGGGCACGCAACUCGCCGUUCGCGUGGGAGGAAGUUUCACAUGGCCUCCUCCGCCAGGACUUUUGGAUACUAGCGCGAUUGAACGUCUCGUGUUGGUUGCGGGAGGAGUGGGGAUCAAUCCAUUGAUUUCCAUAUUUACUACUCUGGUUCGAAUGCCAGCCCAGCUGAGGCCACCUGAGAUGCACUUUGUGUAUAGCACGAAAACGGAUCCCGAUCUUGACGUGCAAAAGAUUCUGUUUAUGCCGCGGUUGAUGGAUGCUAUAGCCAUGGCAGCAGAUCCUAAUGUCACUCUGGCUGCCUUUCUCACCGGACUUGGGAAUGAAGGCAUCAUCGAGCAUGGGAAGCUACCGAAUCGAACAUAUGGUAGACGCUUCCAGGAAGAAGAUCUUGUCAAAGCUUUAGAUGGCUACAAGACGAGUGGGUUUGGGCCGGAGCAUGAUCGCAAGAACACUGUUGCGUACGUUUGCGGUCCCCCGAAGAUGACUGAUGAGGUGGUGGCGAAUCUUCGGAGCCAGCCUGGAAUGUCGGAUGAUCGAGUACUCUGCGAGAAAUGGUGGUGAGAGGUGUGGUCGCUAUAAUUCACAAAGUAUUCUCGGAACGCUAUGGGCAAAGAACAAAUUUCGGAGAUCUCGAGCAGUCACAAGUGGACGUACUUAAUUCUGGCCGCGUCUGAUACGUUUCAACGCAGUUUCCCGUUUCUCGCUGAGGAUGGCGUGCAUCGCGCCAUUGUCUUGCGUCCAUCUCGC